ACACCUUCUCUCUCUGUUUACUUUGGCUUUAUUGGCUUAUAAUAAUUCCUUUAUUUAUAUUGUUUAAAGCUGGUUCUCUUAAAAACUUGGCCGGAACUUCAUUUCAAAAGGGAGGGAAGGGGAGAAAAGUAAGAGGAAAAUCCAUUUUUUAUCUUGGCGUCCAAACAGAACGUGGCGAAUCAAAUGUGAUGGGAAGUGGUUUCUCCUCCCUCUUCCCUUGCUUCAAACCGGGGACUAACCGGACCCAACACGAACAACCCGACUUGAUCUUCACUGCCUCUGAGCCGUUGGAUGAAACCCUAGGUCACUCUUUCUGCUACGUUCGAUCCUCUAACCGCUUCGUCUCUCCCACUCCCUCCGAUCGAUUUGUCUCUCCUUCUCACUCCCUGCGUUUCUCUCCUUCCCGGGCUGCAACCGUUUCCGAGACCCGACCCGGAUUGCCUGAGACUGGGUUUAAGUCCAUUUCCGGCGCUUCUGUUAGUGCCAACGCUUCGACGCCUAGAACUGUACUCCAACUUGAGAAUAUUUACGAUGAUGCCUUUGACAGUAGUGGGUUUGCUGCUGGUGUUACUGGUGGUGGAGUGAGGGACAGUAUUGUGAACGUGGAGGGGUUCGAAAGCACGGCGUCGUUCAGGGCUUUGCGGUUGCAACCGGUGCCGCCUGGCGGAGAGGGGUUCUUCAUGUCGGGUCCCAUUGACGAGGGUGCUCUAUCCGGUCCACUCGACACGAACUCGGGGACCGACAGUAGCGGGCGGAUACACUUCUCGGCGCCGCUUGGUGGCACGUAUAUGAAAAAGAAGCGAAGGAAUGGCAUUUCUGGGAUUAAGAAGGCAUUAUAUCGGAACUUAUCGGAGAAGAAACGGCCGUGGGUGGUGCCGGUGCUGAAUUUCGUGAACCGCAAAGAGACUUCGGGAACCGGAGAGGAGAGGGAGAAACAUGAUGAGAGUAAUGUGCAGUGGGCGUUAGGGAAGGCGGGAGAGGAUCGGGUCCAUGUGGUUGUGUCGGAGGAGCAGGGUUGGUUAUUUGUUGGGAUUUAUGAUGGGUUUAACGGCCCUGACGCGCCUGAAUUCUUGAUGGGGAAUCUCUAUAGGGCUGUGUAUAACGAACUUCAAGGGUUGUUUUGGGACCUUGAAGAGCCUGACGAGGCAAGUAAUGUAGCAUCAACAAUUGUAGUGGAAAGUGACAAUACGACUAACUCAUCACUAGAAAGAAACGGUAAAGAUUAUGGGGAGGGUUCAAUCGGUGAAGCAGAAUCGAAUUUAGUUAAUUUAGAAAAUGUAGCUAAAGAUGAUUCGUCAAAGGAAACGGGUGCUGAAAAGGACGGGGAUGGUACAAUUGGCGGAAUUGAAUCGAGCUCGGGGCCUCAUGAAAGGGCAAAGAGGGUAACGUUUCAAUCAGAGGGGAUAGAGAUUACACAGAGAAGACGAUUAUGGGAAUUCCUUGCUGAGGAUGAUGCAGAAGACGGGCUUGAUCUUUCAGGGUCUGAUAGAUUUGCCUUUUCUGUUGAUGAUGCAAUUAGUGUUGGCAAUGCGGGGUCUGCAGUCAGUAGAAGGUGGUUAUUGCUGUCAAAACUGAAACAAGGGUUGUCAAAACGUAGGGAGAAUAAUAUUUUUCCAUGGAAAUUUGGAUUGGAGAGAAGAGAGGAGAAGGUGGAGAGUAGUAGAGUGGAGGAGAGGGUUUUGAAGAGGAAGCGGAAGGUAGGACCUGUUGGUCAUGAUUUGGUUUUGAGGGCAUUAUCAAGAGCGCUAGAAAUGACUGAGCUAGCAUACUUGGAUAUGACCGAUAAGGUGCUGGAUACAAACCCAGAGUUAGCAUUGAUGGGUUCGUGCUUAUUGGUGGUGUUGAUGAGGGAUGAGGACGUGUAUGUGAUGAAUGUGGGUGAUAGCAGGGCAAUCGUGGCACAGUAUGAGCCAGAAGAUGUUGGUUCUUGUGUGGAUGGUUCCGGGUUGACCAUGGAGGGGCUAACUGAGGGUCCUGCUCAAGCAAUGAGGUUGACUGCAUUGCAGCUGUCCACUGAUCACAGCACAAGCAUUGAAGAAGAAAUCUUAAGAAUCAAGACUGAACACCUUGAUGACAGCCAGUGUAUUGUCAAUGAUAGAGUGAAAGGUCGUCUUAAGGUUACCAGAGCAUUCGGAGCAGGAUUUCUCAAACAGCCCAAAUUUAAUGAUGCAGUGUUGGAGAUGUUUCGGAAUGAGUAUAUUGGUACUGCACCAUAUAUAUCCUGCAUGCCUUCUCUCUGUCACCAUCGACUGUGUCCAAGAGAUCAAUUUGUAGUCCUCUCAUCUGACGGACUAUAUCAGUAUCUGACCAAUCAGGAAGUGGUUUCUCAUAUUGAGAGUUUCAUGGAGAAGUUUCCAGAUGGAGACCCAGCGCAGCACCUGAUAGAGGAGCUUCUUUCUCGCGCAGCCAAGAAAGCUGGGAUGGAUUUCCAUAAAUUACUAGACAUACCACAGGGAGAUCGACGGAAGUACCAUGAUGACAUUACUGUUAUGGUGAUAUCUCUUGAAGGAAGAAUCUGGAAGUCAUCAGGAAAGUAUCCUUGAAAUCUUGGUACAUUGCUGUCUCUCAACUGGUGACCACAUUUAAGUGAGAUCAAUAGAAUGCGGUUUCAAUUCUCAAGUUGAUUCUUCUGCAAGCAGUUUAGAGAGUUUGGAUGAUAUGAUCCAUUUUUUUAUGGGUUAGAAAAACAUAUCUUCGGGCUAUACAGAGUUAACAGGGGCCACUCCAAUGAUAUUAGCAAAGACUAAUGCUAGGUAGCCAUUAAUGGUUGAGUAGAUGCCCUGAAGGAAAAAGAACACUAGGGAAAUCUGCAGAUGGGGGUUGGUGGCAAAUGCUCCUUGGAAUGAAAAUGUUUGUUUCCUUGUAAACCCAUGUUUUUCUUAUAUAUUUUUUCAUAGUUGGAGACCUUUUUCUAUUCAUAGGUGCAUUAAUUUUACCUUUUAGAGCCAAAAAAAAAAAAAAAAAUCUUGGGGAAGAGGGUCUGUAAUAUGGUGGGGGUAUACUGAACUCGAUCAUUUCCUAGUCUAAAGUGAGCUCUGUAAUUUUGAAGGUGGAUUUCCACCAACGCGGUUCAAAAGUAUUCAUUUUUCUUUUCUCAAA